UGGGCAAAGACAAUAAAAUUCAUCCGAAGGGCUCCUCCUGCCCCCAGCCGGAUGGGCAUCACGUGGCCCCCAUCAGCGGGCCAGGAAAAUUCCAUCCCUUGCACACUUAGCCUCACACACCCAUCUGCUCACUCACCCUGGCACACCUAAUCUCCUUUACCCACCAUCUUCAUUUGCCGCCACACGCUCCUGGCACACUCUUCACCCUCAGCCUCUUCCACCUCUCCUGAGACAUUUCCCUCACUGCCCCAUUGACCACCACAGACCCACCAUGGCCCUAAAGCCACUGAAGUUCCAGGCGGUGGGCGAGGAGGAGGAGGAGGAAGAGGAAAGCUUGGACUCUGUGAAGGCGCUGACAGCCAAGCUUCAGCUGCAGACCCGACGACCCUCAUAUUUGGAGUGGACCGCCAGGGUCCAGAACCCCGCCUGGUGCAGAGUCCAAGGCAGACCUCAGCCGGGGGGAUCUGGAGCCAUCUGUGGCUUUGACUCCAUGGAUUCUGCGCUUGAAUGGCUCAGAAGGGAGCUGGAGAUGCGUGCUCAGGACCGGCAGCUGGCAGGGCAACUGCUGAGGCUACGGGCCCAGCUGCACCGCCUGAAAGUGGACCAAGUGUGUCACCUGCACCAGGAGCUGCUGGAUGAGGCGGAGCUGGAGCUGGAGCUGGAGUCCGGGACUGGCCUGGCUCUGGCCCCGCCACUGCGGCAUCUGGGACUCACGCGCAUGAACAUAAGUGCCAGGCGCUUCACCCUCUGCUGAGGGCACUCGGUUGUCUCCUGGUCUAUCUGGGAAGAAGGAAGGAGGCGGUGCCCCGAGGCUCCGGCUCCUGCUGGGGGAGGGGACACGCAGGUUUCUGAAAGUUGAAUUCAAAGAGCACAAAGCCCUCAGAAGUAAGGGGAAAAGAGGGAGCUCAGGUCCCAAACAUGUUAAUAAAAACGCCGCUGCAUCCCACCCAAGUUUCUGCAGUCCCUCACUGAGGCUGAGGGUGGUUGCUGGGUGUCUACCCCGUGUCACUGGGACUGGGGACUCCACAACAGGAGACAAGACCGCUGAGGGUGGAUGGCACCCAGUCUCCCCAACAGCUUCAGUUCGAUUUCUCCACCUUAUCAAAUCAGAAGGGGGUUAAAUAAAGAUUUGUUGUAUUUUUUA